GAUGCCUAAGCCCAAAAAGAAAAAAGAAAAAAAAACAGACUGUUGGGUGAACUGAAGACUAAAAAAUAUAAAGCCAUAAAAAAUACAAAGCUAUAAGAAUUAACAAAAUCAAGACGGGCUUAGAAAAGGGGACAUGAGAUUCAGUCUUUCUAGAGGGACGCCUGUGGAGAAACAAGGAAGGAAGUGAUACAAAGUUAAGAUUUAUAUUUUGUGCAAAACAAUUUAAGCUCUCAGUCCCCCAAAGCGGGAAACUACCUAUGUGUUUUCCACAGGAUAUAUGCUUGCUCCGUUCGGGGCUAAAGCCCUUGGGUUGUAUCUCAUGGGCAGGAAGUCUGAAAGGCUGGAAGUCAAGAAUUGCAGGGGUUAAAAAGAAGGUGUCACAGAAAGACAGCGGGAUAUUUUAGUGUUACUGGAAAUGUAUGAAAAGAUUUUUAAGCGGGAGUUUUGUGAAUCAAUUUGAGUUUCUGGGGGUAGAGAUCUGGACUUUAUUUUGAGAAGUCAAAAAUUUCUAUCACACUAAGGGCUCUUUGGGCUUCUGCCAAAGGGCUUUAAAAAAAAUAAAAAAUAAAAACCUUAAUGGUGUGAUUGCUUGCUUGUGGGAGAUAAGCUUGUAGGACGUAUGAUGAAACAUGUUUUAUGGUUAACAGCUUUGGACUUUAUUAUUACAAGCAACAAGAAACACUGAGAAACCAUAAAUAGGAAAAGCUAACAGGCACACAUUUAAGAUCGUGCCCAAACGUUCUGACUUUAUAUGUUGAGAGAAUGCCAAAGUUUGAUUCUCAGGGCACGCCAAGGAGAUAAGAUUAAUGUUGACACUGAGGAAAGGUUUUAAUUAGAAGAGAUACACGACCGAGUUGGGGACUAUGCAGAGAAGUUUGGAAUUUAUUUAGAGGCUCAGACGUGAUGAGGUUUUUGCACAUGCUUAAAAAUUUGAUUUAUCCAAUUCUAGCGGAGUGACAUGGUGAGUUUUCUGUGUUUGAUUGAUACAACAUAGCUCGGUUAUGAAAUCAAAUUCUCGCUAUAUGCCAAGAAUCUAGACGUUUUAUGUCCUGCACAAUUAAGAAACAUUGCUGAGUUUUUAAGGUGGGGUUACAAGCUCAAAUUUAAUGAACUGUGCUAAGACGUGUGAAUUUUAUUCCAAGGGAUGACGUAUCAGAUUAUAAUAUCACUUGAAUGAGUUUGGACUGGAGCCAGUAAACGGCUUCAACGUGUGAUGGGGAAGAUUUGUUGUUUGUGGUUUGGUUUUUUUUUUUUUUUUUUUUUUUUGGUACGUGAUAUGAUAAGAUACUGUACUGUCUGUUGAGAAUUUGGAGUUUCAUGCUACAUAGAAACUUUGCAACGUUUUAAAUCUGGGAGUGACGCCUUACAGCUUGUGAAUUCAGCAGAGAAGGGAGUGGACAUUGUAAUAUAUUUAAGAGUUGUGACCCAUGUGCACAUUGAAGGCACUGUUGCAUCCUGAGUGACGGGUGAGAUAUCACUUUUGAUCCUUUUGCAUGAGGGGCUGAGGGAUGUUUGGCGUUUGGCCAAGGAAGGAUUUUAAGGAGUGAAAUGGUGCAGAGUUUUGUCUGCAAAGGAAUUUGAUGGUUUUUAAAUUGUGCUUUAUGCUAAGGUGUGUGGAUUUAAUGAGCCGUUUCAUGCAUGGGUGAGUGUCUACUGGCUCCUCAGUACGAGGGCAUCCAGUGAGGUUUCUGUGCUGAGAUGUGGGGUCACCUACAGAUGGGGCUGAGAGGUUGUAUGACAUAGCAUGUCGAGUUCGACACGGUGUUGAGGAAUGUGAGCAGUCCGCUGUCAUGCCAUGCUGAGGAGUUUGGAUGCCAGCCACAGCGAGAUUUUAGGAGAGUGAUAUCAUGGACUUUGAGCCUCGGAUAGGCUCAGUCUGCUGAGAAACGUAUGGCUUUCUGCUUACACUUUUAAGACGUGGUUCCAUAGGUGAGGCAGAGACUUUGUGAGGCGGUAAGCAGAAUAACGGGCAAGUGCAUGCAUGUUGCAAGAAGUGUGUUACCGUGUCAAAGCUUCGGAAUGAAGGCUGUCAGAGAUUUCUAGAGUGGCCUGUGAAACUGUGCGUUUUGUAUUGAUUUGCUGAUUAAAUCACAUGGUUAAGAAUAAUUUAUGCAUUGCAACUGGGGCUUCAGAGUACAGAAAAGAAAUGUGUGUGUGGGUGUGUGUUUCUGUGCAUGUGCACAUGCGCGUUAAAUGGGAAAAUCAUAAGGUAAAAAAAUGGUUUAUCUCACUAAAAGUUUAUUCUGAUAGCCAGGCAUAUUAAAUUUUUGGGGGGAAAAGAGACUGUUUUUGGUUGAUGUCUGCAAAGCAAAAAUAUUUAAUCCCUUACACAAUCAAAGUUGUUAGUGAUAAUUUGAGUGCAGACAUUUUAUUAAGAACUGGUAUUACUUAAAAUUGAAAAAGUGAGCAACUUUUAGGAGGGGACCUGCUGAGAUUUUCACGUUCAACAAAAGAACUUGUGGAUGAAUUAGUCCAAUUUUACAUUUCAAUAGCAGCAGACAUAUCCUGAAGAGGAAACGAGUUGAUUCAUGCAAUGUGCCUUGAGUGUUUCUGAGAUGACUGUCUAUACAGCAGGCUUAGUUAGGAACUGUGAUCUCUAACUCUAAGAAUGACAAGUCCAGCUUGUGCAGUAUCCUAAGGCCUUUCAGUUCCAGCCAGAGAAGGGUUUUUGGUAAGUUUACAUGUCAGACAUGUUUAUAGAAAAGGUUUGGAUUUAAUAUUGCAGACAGUAAAUAAACAAUGAGAGGCUUUAAUCAGAGGGGUUGCAUGAUCAGGUUUAAGUGUCAUGCUAACAAGGGUACGUCUAAUUCUGAGAAACUGCAGAUCCAAAUGAAUCCUGCAAGGUUUGGAGGAUGGCCAAUGGGAGUUUUACAUGAAUGACAACAUGGAGAUUUUUUGUUUAUUUGGUUUUGUGUGUGUGUGUGUGUGUAUGUGUGUGUGUGUGUAAGUGUGUGUGUGUGGUGUUUGGAUAGGUCAGCUCAGUGGCCUUAAAACAGAAAGUUGAGAAGUAACAGAAGGUGUUGAAUUCAUAAAGGCAAUGGCUAUAUGACUGAGCUAUUGAAUAACUAGCUUAAUUUGUUUUGCAAACCAAUACAUCCCUUUAAAUUCAAUUUCCGUGCACUAAACCCUCCAUGGUUAGAUUUUCAAAAAUUAUGAGACAAUCAAAUUUCAAAGGUCCCAGGCCCCCCUUUUACCCAACUUCAUACCUCUGUUAGAUAUACCCCUGUACCAGACAAAAUCAACAGUGACAGAGAAAGGGGGGCACUUUCUAGAAUAAAAACCCUGGCCCUUCCUAAGCAGAGGAGAAACUUGGAAAGAUAGCAUCCGUGAGACGUGCAGAAAUGUUUGUACGAGCAGAAUUGAGGCCAGAUGUUUGAAGCUCCAGGAGCCCUGCAGACCAGGGCAAUCCUGGGAGAAUAGUAUUCGGAGUUCCACCCCAGCUUCCCCGUGCUGGAGAAAACGUGGCUUUGGACAGGGACCAAACUAAGAAAGAGAAAUGACUCCCCUUCCACAACUAGGCAUAUGCACAAAGUGUGACCUAGGAUGAAGCCACCAAAGUGCAAGUUUUCAGCGCGCAGUAGGCAUUUUAUGAAAAUUGAUGGGGAGCAAAAUUAAAACCAAAAGCCGUGGCUUUCUCCGCCACUUACUUCGCCUUGGAGGCUAGAGGAGGAAGUAAGAGCUAUUUUUGGCUGUUGACCCAACUGGCAGGAGAGUGGCCAACUGCCCCAUUUCUCCUCUUUCCCCAGAGUUGGUGAAACAGCAUACAUCUCCCUGCAGAUUCCUGCCUCCAACCAGGCACACUGGGCUGGCUCUGGACCACCAAGCCUGCCAGCAGCAGCUCUGAGUGGCAUUGAGAUGUGACCCUUACGACUUUUGGGUGACUAGAGAUGGGAAGGGAAAUUGACCAGGCCUGGAUGCCAGGGCACAACGGGCCAGAAGUGUGCCCUGCCAGGUGCUUGCCUGACAUAGAGGACGGUCCAGACCAGUUGCUCCACAAAAUUUAUGGGCUGUGAAUUUCUCAUUCCUCUAGAGGAAGUAGGCAGGUGGGGCAGUCAGACUCUGCCUGGAAGGCAGGUCAGGGAUUGACGGUCUUUCCCCUGGAGGUGCCCCAAGUGACCAGAAGAGGAGACUGCAUUAAAUGUAGAAGAAUUUCUCUGUUUUCGCUCUGAUUCUAAUCAUGUGGGCAUCUGCUUUGUCCUUGAGAAUCUGAACCUAACAUCUCUAGAUCCUAAAUGGCUGCUUUUCCUCCUGCUCUUUUAUCCCUCUGUCCAUAGGUUCUGGUGUCCACAGUCGCGGUCUCUGACCACACACAUCCCGAUCUUACCAGUCUUCAGAGCACACUCCCUUCCAACCGACGACAUGAUAGAACCCUCUGAAGACUCAUUUGAGACGAUGAUGGAGCUUAAGAAUCCAUCAUCAAAACAAAUGGAGUCCUCCGAGGGCUCAUCCAACACCGUUGAAGAGGCACCUGGCAACAGUGGGGUGCAGGCGGAAGAGGGCUCAGAAAGUGGCCUGGCCCAGGAAAAAAUGGAGCCACCCAGUGGCCCACUCGAGGAAAUGCAAGAGCUGCCCACUGAUCUAACCCAAGAACCAUCCACUCGACCAUAUGAAGAGGGAACGAACGACCAACCCGAAGACAUGGAGGAGACAAGUGAUGAUUCAAACCAGGAGUCGAGUGAUGGUUCAAACCACGAGUUUGACAAUGGUUCAAACCAUGAGUCGAGCUGUGGUUCAAACCAAGAGUCAAUCGACGUUUCAAACCUGGAGUCAAGCGACGUUUCUAACCAGGAGUCUAGCUAUGGAUUACACCAGGAGGCAAGCUAUAGCUCAAACCAGGAGGCAAGCUAUAGCUCAAACCAGGAGGCAAGCUAUAGCUCAAACCAGGAGGCAAGCUAUAGCUCAAACCAGGAGGCAAGUUAUAGUUCAAACCAGGAGGCAAGCUAUAGUUCAAACCAGGAGGCAAGUUAUAGUUCAAACCAGGAGGCAAGCUAUAGUUCAAACCAGGAGGCAAGCUAUAGUUCAAACCAGGAGACAAGUGAUAAUUCAAACCAGGAGUCUAGUUAUGGUGCAAACCAGGAGGCAAGCUAUAGUUCAAACCAGGAGUCUAGUUAUGGUGCAAACCAGGAGUCUAGCGAUGGUUCAAACCAGAAUUCAAUUGAUGAUUCAAACCGGGAGUCCAGCUAUGGAUCGAACCAGGAGGAGUCAGAUCCACUCAGUGACGUAUCCGAUUAUAGCAUGAAUGAAACAAUGACCUCAUCUGAGACCCAGUCAGAUCAAGAUGAUACUGACCUGGGAGAUGAAGAGGAGGAUGAUGAUGAAGAUUCUGAAGAGGAAGAUCCGUCCAGGAGCUCUCCGGAAGAAGUCGUGGCCACGAUGGGGUCCAUCAUCUCGCUGUUCCUCCAAAUGGAAGACCUCGAAGAACAACAGAGAGUGGUAGAAAGGAUCAUGGUGCAAGCCCUCAAUGAAGACCGCCUGCCCCGCCUCAGGCCCUUCUCUGGAGAUCGCAGAGACUACAAUGAGUUCAUUAUGCUCUGCCAGAUAACCAUGCAGAACUACCCAGUAAUGGUAAACAAUGAUCAGCUGAAGGUGAGAUUUGUCAUCCACCACCUUUCUGACGUAGCCUUAGAAUGGGCCAACGACCUACUAGAACAGAACAGCCACCUGAUCAACGACUUCCCAGCCUUCCUCGAGGCCAUGUCAGAAAAGUUUGAGUACCGGCAUACACUGCGUGUGGCGGAAGAUGCCAUGUUGGACAUCAGACAGCGCAACCGCUGUGCCGCCGACUACAUCAAUGAGUUCCUCGGUCUGAUACCUACCUUAGGCUGGCAAGAUGAAGUCCUGCAGGCCCACCUGUGCCUGGGGCUCAAUGAAGACAUCAGGCGCUAUCUGUUUCGGAUCCCUCAGCCAGAUUCCCUGAGAAGCCUGAUUAUUCUUGUUCUGCAAAUUGAAGAGAGGUUGGCAGAGAGAAGGGCAUUACUCAGGCUGCCCCCCGAGUCCCGCCCAAGAAGCCUGGCUUGGAUGGACUCACCUGCCCCAGACAAGUGGAGGGUUAGCAGCUGGCCUCCCAAUGAGUUCCACCCAGACAUUGACCGUCAUCACUUCUUCCUGAUGCUCUUGGUGAGAGUGAACCCCUACCACAGCAUUGCAGUGAAGGCCCUGGUGGACACGGGUGUAGAAGGAAACUACAUGGAUGAGAAGUUUGCCCAGGAACACUAUGUGGAACUCUAUGAGAAAACUCAUCGACAGAUAAUCCAAGGUGUGGAUGGCUCUGUGAUUGGCAAUCAACUUGUCUGGCUGUGUACCGACUCCCUGGCGUGUGUCCACCAGAAGCACUAUGAGUGGAUUGAAUUUGACAUCCUACCUUCGACCAACUUCUCCAUCAUCUUAGGCAUUAAGUGGCUCCAGACCCACGAACCUGAAGUUGACUGGUGCAGAGGCCGUUGUACCUUCCACUCUCCCUACUGUCUGAAGAAUUGCUCCAACCCACCUCCACCAUGCAUCGCACUCGAGAACUACAGCAUGAGCCUACUACCCGGACUGCCACACACAUACUCAGACCUGGCCGACGUGUUCAACCCGAGGGAGGCAGAUGAUGAGACUUCCGACCAGCCAAGCUCAGACGGAUCCGAUGAUCUUUCUGAAUCAGAGCCCUCUGAGCUUCAGCAGGCUGGAGACAGUGAUCAAAACGGCGUCUUUCACAGGCGUAGGGCCAAAGAGACUUUGAAACCUGUGAGUGCCAGGAUGCAAGAAAAAGCCAGGCAGCAAGAGGAAUACUGGAUACUGUAUGACAUGCUGACUGACAGACAAGACUACAUACAGAUGGUGCCAGAAUUGUUUGACCAGUUACAUGCAGCUUCAUGGUUCACAAAACUGGAGGUUCUCGAGGUCGACAAGGCUGAGAUGAAGAACAGCGUCGCACACACAGAAGACACAUGGAGAGCAUCGUUUGGUUUCAGCGAUCAACAGAUGAGAUGCUACCGGCCCUAUACAAUGAGCUCCUUCUCUGAUGAAUCUAACAACAUUGUUCACGUGAUCCUAAAAGACAUCCUAGGCUAUUUUGUGAUCUGCCAUGGCAGAGAAGUUCUGGUCUACUCAAUGAGCAAGGAGGAACACCCCUUACAUGUCCGCCAAGUCCUGCUCCGCUUUCGCUAUCACAACAUCUACUGCUCACUGGACAAGACUCAGUUCCACCGCCAGAAGGCAGAAAUCUUGGGCUUCAGCAUAUCCCCCAAAGGGGUGAAACUGAGCAAGAAGCUCACGGACAUCAUGGUGGAGUGCCCUGUCCCUGAGACCAGAAGAUGUCUUCAAGGUGUGAUUGAGCUCUUCUAUCCGUAUCGCCACUUCGUGGAGCACUUUUCUGUCAUGGCAGAGCCCCUGGUGAAACAACUGCUGAGUUCAGAGCCCUACUACUGGGGAGAAGAGGAGCAGGAGGCAUUUGAUUCCCUGAAGAGGGCUUUCAGCAGGGCACCCGUUCUCUACCACCCUAAACCUCAAAACCCAUUCUACUUGGAAACAGGCACCGUUGGGUCAUUCCUGUAUGCCUCCCUGAUUCAAACGGACGACGCAACUGGCAGAAAAGCUACCUGUGCUUUCUACUCAAGACCCCUCUCCCUGAUGGAGGUGGAGUACCCUCAAGUGGAGAUGAGGAUCCUUCCAAUCCGGGCUGCCUUCAUGGUGUGGUUCCGCUACCUGGAGAACACCGAGGAGCCCAUCAUGAUCCUUCUCAACACAGAGGAUCUAGCCUCUCUGAAUAAUGACAGGCUCACCGUACUUCUCCCCGGGCAUUGGGUCUUCUUCUUCUCACAUUUCAAUUUCAGCGUCAUGGAGAUGCCCGAUCAGGAUGACACCCAAGCCCUGUUCCGCAGUUGCUGGAACCAGAGAGGCUUCAGAGCAAGGUUUCUGCGCCCACUGCUGCUUAUGGCAAUGAGGGCGGGGUACAUGGACUCAUCCUCUGAUUCAGAGGAUGAGGAUGAGGACCAGGACGAUGAUGACGAGGAGGACAGUGAAGAAGAUUCGGAGCAAAUAGAGCUGAACCGGCAGACCAUGAUGCGGGAUCUACUGGCUACCAUCCCGAUGGACCGGAUCCUCAAUGGCUUCCUGGUCCGCUUCACCGUGGCCCAGAUCCGGGCCGUUGUCCUAAACUUCUUCCGGGGUCUGAUCUACUGGAGGACUGUCCUGGGUGUGUCAGCCCUCCUGGUGAUGUCGAGAGCGAGGAGGCCCCUCUCCCCACUGCCUGAACCCUCUUUGGAAGUGGCCAGGCCUCAGCCCAGGCCCACGCUCCGACUCAUCCUGGACCCGACCCUCAUCGCAAGCAGUGGCAUGGCCACUGCCAUCGCUCAGUUGCUCAGGCAGAUGCCUCCUCUAGUGGGUGCCAAUGCUCUCCCAGCUCGAGAGCUGGCUGAGCUGGUCCUGAGCCCGAGGUGCUGGCAUCGGAAUGCUUUGCAUUCCCAACCUCCACGGGGCAUGCGAUUCACCCCCGGGUUCUGGUUGACCCUGUGUGAGUUCUUCGGGGUCAGAGUCAACCCUGAGGAGGACAUCUUCCCUGACCCAUACCAGCACCGAUACUUGGAGCUGCACGUCGUUGGCGAUGAAGAUGUCGUCUUGCGAGAAGCCCUGCAAGACGACCUGCAACGUUACCGUCAGUGUGGCCUGCAUGACGGCCUGCAAGACACCUCGCAGGACGCGCAGGACAACGACGUGCAAGAGGACCCGCUUGGCGACCAAGAGGCGGUCACCUUCCGCCCACGAAAUCUGUUGGACCCAGAGGUCCUAGAUUUCCUCAACAACCGGCUACUCUACACCCUUGGCUCCGAUGGCCGCCUUACUCUGCUUAGCAGAGAUCAGGUGGCCCGGACCCUCACACGAUUCCUGACCAUGGCCUCCAGAAUGGCCCUGCCUUCCCUUGCCAGGGAGCAGGCAAGGCUAGAAGAACUAUCGGACUCAGAUGAGGAACUUGACUGAAAACACACCAAGUCUCUGCCAUGCUCCCUUGUGCCUCCAGCCAGCUUCCCUCAUAUCCAGCGCCCCCUUCUUGCUACUCCUAACCCAAGGGGAACCCACUUGUGAAGGGCCACAACUUCAACUCAUCCACCAGCAUCAUCAUCUGUGCUAAAGGACUAGUCAACUGUCAGCGUCCCAGAGCCAGCCAAGACUGUGCAACCCUGUCCUAACUGUCCGGGCCCCAGGCCCACAAACGGGAGUGAGACCAAUGAGGACAGAACAGUGAUGAGCAACAGUGACCCCGUCACCCCAGGCCAGAUGAAGAGCAGACAUAGCAGGCGCAGCCAAGCAAGCAGAUGCCAGGGACCCCACCACCACCACCACCCGUGUGGCAUGCGGCCACCUGUGCAUCCUGGGACACUGACCUUGGGUGCUCCACUGACUUCUACCUCCAUGCCGGUGCUCCAACUCCCCAACCCCCACCCAUCCUCCCGAGGUGCUGUGGUUCCAUGCUUCCCACAACCCCAGCCCACCCCGCAAGCAAGCCCACACCCCCACUACCGGUCUGGUCCGGCUCCAUUGACACCUCAUCUGACCCUGAACUCUGAACUUACCUGGGCAGAACUGCUCCAAGGAGCAUCAGAAGUACCAGUGUAACUUACCAGAUGGACUUGUCCACCUUGGAGGUCCCUGACACUCGGGGGACCCAAGAAAGGGUGUUAGCACUGAGUGGGGCUCCCUUUUCCCUCCCAAAACUGACAUAUGGACAGUGCAGGGGCCAGAAACUUUACAUAUAGGAGGGAGCCCCCAAGAGACACUGGUGAAGCCCAAGAUACCCAAUCUACUGUGCCAAGGAGCCUAGAGUGCUCUGACCAGACCUGUGUUCACUGCCACAGGAAGGAGAACCUUCCCAUGCUUGCCCAUCCCACAGCUGCUUUUGUCCCACGAAUAAAGAGAACAAAAGAGUA